UGUCUCUGUCUCUGUGCUGUAGUUUUGAAGAUGGGCUGGUACUUGCUGUGAUGUCACCCCACUCUUGUGAGAACGUUCAUUCCACCCCCAGCGUGGCUCCCCCGCUCCUCUCCAAAGGGAAACAGAGGCAGCCAGCGUUACGCAGGGCAAUGUGACAACAAGGGACCGACUUUGUUCACAUGUUUCCUUUACGUUCGGGAUCGGGUGGGAGUGCUAGAACUGUGUUCACGAACUUUCAUGCAAACCAUGCUAUUUCAGGAAAUCGGUGGUGUUUGCAGCUUUGGAGUCUUCUGUGUGAUGCGCUGCGUUUGCUCUGAUCAGGAGCGUUGCGCACAGAGGAGCACCGAUCUGUAGCGACUCAGCACAGCGUGCCCGGCCUCAGUUCUUUUAAGAGGGAGGAAAUAUAUAUAUAUWUUUUUAAAAAAUGAUCCGAAAGAACAGAUUUCAGCCAGAAUGGAUUUGAUGGAUUUAAAUGUGUUGCUGGAAAACGUUUCCAGGGAUGGCAACACCACCGACGCGCCGCUCUCACUGCCGUACCCGGAGGCAGCCACGGCACUCAUCAUACUUGUGGUUAUUGUCAUGAUUUCUGUGACUAUUGUAGGCAAUGUGUUAGUUAUUGUUGCGGUUUUGACCAGCAGGGCACUCCGUGCGCCUCAGAACCUUUUUUUGGUCUCCCUGGCGUCGGCGGACAUCCUGGUUGCCACGCUGGUCAUCCCGUUCUCCUUAGUCAAUGAGGUGAUGGGUUACUGGUUCUUUGGAAGUACUUGGUGCGCCUUCUACCUGGCUUUGGACGUGUUGUUUUGCACCUCAUCCAUCGUGCACCUGUGCGCCAUCAGUCUGGACCGCUACUGGUCAGUGACGAAGGCUGUGAGCUACAACCUGAAGCGAACGCCGAAGCGCAUCAAGUCCAUGAUCACUGUGGUGUGGGUGAUAUCUACCAUCAUCUCCUUCCCCCCUCUUCUCAUGACCAAGCACGACGAGAGGAAGUGCGAGCUGAACGAUGAGACCUGGUACAUCCUCUCGUCCUGCCUGGUGUCCUUCUUCGCGCCGGGUCUCAUCAUGAUUCUGGUUUACUGUAAGAUCUACAAAGUGGCCAAGCAGCGCUCGUCCWCCGUGUUUGUGGCCAAGAACGGCCUGGAGAGAGAACCUUCCCAGUCGGAGACCUGUUUCGUCAGGAAGGACCGGUUCGAGGUGGAGAGCCCCAGCAGCCUGAGCUCCGGCAGCCAUCAGCAGAAGCAAGGGGAGUUGGACGACAUCGACCUGGAAGAGAGCUGUUACUCCUCGGACACCAAGCCCCGCCAUCACCGCUUCACCAAGCGCAGGAAGGUGGAGGGGUCGGAAUGCUGCCCGCCGCAGAGCUGCCGCCUCUCGUGGGCUUCGGCCCGGGCGUCACAGCCAUACCCGGAGCAGAAGAACCCCGCCGAGCGACAGCAGCUGGCCGCGGCUAACAAGACCAAAGUGGCCCAGAUGCGGGAGAAGCGUUUUACCUUCGUGCUGGCGGUGGUGAUGGGGGUGUUCGUGCUCUGCUGGUUCCCCUUUUUCUUCACCUACAGCCUCCACGCGAUCUGCAGAAACAGCUGCACCAUCCCUGACGCACUUUUCAAACUUUUCUUUUGGUUUGGCUACUGCAACAGCUCGGUGAACCCCAUCAUUUACACUAUUUUUAAUAGAGACUUCAGAAAAGCCUUCAAGAAAAUCAUAUGCAGAACUUCAAAGCGCACAUGAAGGAGGGUAUUAUUUAUAUUUUUGCCUCACUCACUCAUUAGUGAAGAGAUUUGGAAAUGUGUAGAGAUGCACCAAUCAGGGUUUUUUUUCCUCUUUUUUCAGGGCGAUGCCAAUUUCUGAUUUCCUUUGAGAUCCAACAUGCCAGUUCCAUUUUUUCCCCCUAAGAAUAAUAACACAUUAAAUAAUAAAAUGUAUGUAUGUAGAUUCAGUGACUGGACCUUUUCUGGCUAACAUUGAUUUCCCGUUGUCUUUGAAGUUCUCCUUCCGCUUCAGUCAGGCUUUUCCUGGAAUUUCAGAUUUUAUUUGGGAGCUGACCUGCUGGUUCCAGUUUUGUACCAAUUCUAUUUUUCCACAGUUUCUUAAAGAGGGAGCUCAUUUCCUAAUUAAAAUAAAAGUGAAAUGACAUUUAUGUAAUAUUUUUUUUCUUUCCAAAAUAUUAUAUCAAAGUUCAUGAUGUUAUGGCUCGUGGUUUAUACGUUAAAACUAAUGUUAGAUGUUGAUUUUGGUAUGUUUAAUGGAGAGAAAAACACAUCCAAAAUUUCAUCAUCAUCUGAUCUGUGGAUAAACUAUUCAACUUUCAUGACCGAUAUCAACGUCCACUCACCUGCCAAUGCCAUAUUUUACCAAAUCUGAUUUAUUUUUCUGAAGGAAGUAGUACAAGUUCUAAGAAAGACCUGGAGCUCUCUCACUCAUGAGACAUGGAAAUGCUACUAAUGCACAUUUAUAUAGAUUUUUUUAAGGUCUAACUUACCAGUUACUGUCUUGAGUUACUAGUUUUGUCUUUCAACUCCCCCCCCCACAUAAAAUAAUAAAUAUGUAGUAAAUUCUGUAAAAUAGAUAUUAGUUUGGAAUCCAACGGAGGGAAUUACAAACUUAUUCGUAUUUAUGCAUAAAAGCAUAUAUCCCUCAUAUGUCUUAGAUAGUUUUACACUUGAAAAAAGUGCAUGGAAGUACAUUUUGUUGGUUGUUGUAUUUGCAGAUCAAAGGUGUUGAACACUUCUGGUUCUGGUGCAUUUAAAGGAAAAGAAGACAUAAUGUUCAAUAUUUCACCAAUUAGAGCCUAUUAAGGAAAAAUUAGCCUAUUGAUUGGUGCAUCUCUAAAAAUGUGUUACUGUGACUCAUUAGCCCAGUGUACUGCUGCCUCAUCGUUUUACUGUAAUUAUGCUGGAAAAGAAAAAAGCAUUGUAUUUACURUCUAUGAAUAAAAUUUAUUUGGUGGAGCUUAUGUAAUAUUAGCUAAAAGCUGCUAAUCUCAUAUUUAUGCCAUUCUUUCUGAGGUAGGAGAAAUCUUAGGUUGCAUAAGAAAUCUUGAACACCUCCUUAUUUCACCAAGUGGGUUGGAACAGCAGAACAUAUUUAGAGUAAAACUGAUAAAACUAAAAACUGUGAAACUACUGAUAUGAAUUCCGGUGCUGGCUGUGGGUUCAGAGCGAGCGUUCUGUGUUUUCAUAAACACAAGAAUAAUCUUCGCCAUCUUUUGCACGCAAGCCUGGCAGCUGGCAGGCGAGCUUGGAUGUAUGUGUCUGGCGGAUGAAAGGACGGCGUAGAAGGCAGCUUUUAAACUUCCCCACGUUGAGGCUAAUUCAUAAAGGUGCAUCUCUUUGUUUGUCUCUGCGAGCCACCUCAGCCAAUUCUGCACAGGAAAUAGUCAAACUUAUGUAAGAGUCUUUUCUCACCCUCUCACCACGCCGUCACACUGCCUCGCGCUUGAACAAUGGCCAGAUGAUAUAAGGCCUGCAAGAGGAAAAAUAAAAUGGAGACUUUUUCACAUUUUGGUGUCCUUGCAGCAGCUUAAUAUUUGGCUGGUAAAUAUUUAAACGGACCGGGGUCUCGUCUCUCCCGUAAAAAAACCUGCUCUCGCAGUCAUGACGGGUGGUCUUUUCUUUUACUCUGGAGUAGAACGUCUAUUUUUAUUUAUUUUAUUUAUUUAUUUUUUAACAGCUUAGAUGUUAUUGUUUUUCUGAUAAAACACACACAGGCACACGUACUUCCUGUUUCCCAUCAUAUACCAUCUUUAGAUAAAAAAACAAGCAAAGAAAUGACAUGAAAAAAUUACUCACAUAAUCUACAGUUUCAUCAGUGUCAAAUGACUAAUGUUGACAUGACGAAGUUACGUCAACACUUUUUUWAAAACUGUGGUCAGUCUCAUAUAUCACUGGCCUCUUGAGUAAAGGCCUGUACUUCUCUGGGAAAGUACUACUUAGUGAGAGGAAGACUGACCACUUCCAUAUCUCCACCAUUGUCUACACGGUGGUGCUGAGGAAAAAUACACUAUUUAUAUCCUACUAGGAAUGUCUUCAAAGCACUCCUACAGCUCAAUGGCACCUCGCCAAAGACAAUCACUCCGUCUUAGGGGUGUCUUGCCUGCAAGGAUCUUUUCUUUUCUUUUCUUUUUUUUUCGGAUAGUGUGCUCAUAUUCAUGAGGUUUUUUUAAAUAAAAUAUCAAGGAAAGAAGGAGUGAAGGUGGAUGCACAUUUGAUAUUCCUUUACUUUUGAACAAAGAUUAAAAAGUAUGAGGCCUCUUUGGCUGCUUUGAGGAAGGAAACCUAAUCUCUGAGGGGUUCACAAACUCUUGAAACAAAUGAAAUGUCUGGGUAGAGCCACACUCGGAAGAUGGGAGUUAAAUUAGAGCCUCCAGAUUCUUCCAGUGGAAGAAAGGCAGUGUUUAAUUGCCUGUAACUUAUUGGGAACGCUAUUGUACGCGUGCUGUCACCUAAUUUCUCCAGAGGAUGCAGUUAUCAAUUUGUGUUUCAUUAACCAAGGUGGAAAAUGUUUACAUGAACGCUCAUUUGUAAUUUUCUCACUAAUACACUGAUUAGCAUCCGUCAUGACGGGCAGUUCCCUUGUUGGAUCUCACAUCCCAUUUYGAUUGUCUUUUUAAUCAGACGCUCCAGUGCAGCAGGAACAGAUCAUGUCUCCUCAGACAAAAAACAGGUUUUUUUUUGUCUGGAACCCACGCAUGUUGUUUUAUUUAGCACAGAUCUUAUUUCAGAGCUAUGUUGUAAAAUUUUGUCUUUCCAGGAAUAGUUUUCACAGCAGUGGCAGCUGUUCAAAUGUGUUUUCCUGUGCGAGUGUGGGUCUUCAUGUUGUACAUGCAUGUAAGCCGCUCAAUCCAGGCCAGCCAGUGACUUCCUGAAACAUACAGGACACCAGCGGUCAGGUGGGAAUGCAAGAAGAAUCAUUUCUCCAGUCCAGUUAUUUUAUGAGAACCUUAUAUACAGAUUUUAUGUUGUAAGGAAAUUUCAAUUAAUCAGAUGUUCAAUGAAGUGGAAAUCAUGCAUUCCUGCCUCUGUAUUUCAUCUGAUAUUUUUUCCAAUACUGGUAAAAUAUCAUCCCUGAAAACACAUUAAAAUCACCAAAAUUAGACUGUGACUUACAGUUUGACAUUACCAAAAUUAUGGUACCCUCUCAUAUAUAUUUUCUGCUUUUGAUUGUUUUUUAAAUCACUCUUAAGUGUUUCUCACCAAUGAACCAAUUUUAAUAUAAUUCUAUCACCUACAAAGUAAUUUAAAGUGUUUUUUUUCUUGUUUAGGAGAGAAAGAGUCAGCCAGCCAAAAAGGAACCCCACUCUAUUAAAAUCAUAAAUUUCUUGUGAGUAAACAAAUAUUUUGGAUAGCUGAGUUCAAGUACACACCGAGAAUAUGGUUUAAGUUUGACCUGUAGCACCAAAAAACUAGAACCUGCCAGAUGAAGCAAGAUAAAAUACUGAAAAAGCAACACGUUUGGCCUCUUCUAGGAACUUGUAAACGCAGAAGAGAAACGAUGUCACGGACAUCUGUUUGCCUCAUUGGCCUCAGUUAAGGUCAAUGUUCAGGAUUCAAAAAUAGGAAGGAGAAUGGAUAAAAAUGGUGUCCAUGGGAGAGUUGUGAGGUGAAAUCCACCAUUAUCAACAGAAAAACAAACAAACAAAAGCUCAGUGAUUCCAAGAUCUUUUGGAAACAUUUUGUGAAUCAAUGUUAAGAACAGAAAUCCCGUUUGACUUGGCAUUAAAACAACAAGACAUUUUAGAAAGAAAGCAUCCCAACAUCAGUCAAAGAUGGAGGUGGAGAAGUGAUGAUUUAUGGUGACUUAUGCCAGGGGUCUUUAAGUUCAGGUCUCAAGAGCCAUGCACUGUCCUACAACUGUCUCCAUGGUCCAACAUAGCAGUGUAAUGUUUUAGAGUAGCCUAGUCAAAGUAUGGAUUUAAAUUUGACUGGGAUGCUUUAGGGUCAACUUAAAAAUAAAUCUGUCAAAAUGACAAUUAAAACAAUUCAGCGAUUCAAAAUUUCUGUUUAUCUUGAUUAAUGAAGUCCUCAUUUCAAAACUGGUUAUCUUUGUAACAUUUUAAAAAAAUAAUUUAAUAAUCUAAUUCAUGCAAUCGCCACAGAGGUUUCGAUUUAUGUCAAUUGAAUCAUUUAGAGUUAGUCUUUUGUUUUAUAAGGCUGCAGCGAUGUAUAACAGAAACACCUUCAGAUUUGUUACUGGUGCUAAUAUCUAAGUCAAAUCAGAAUGAAACAGUGCCUGUGCAAAAAGUGAAAGGGUUGAGAAAACUAGAUGCAUUGACUCAGGAGCUGAAUCAGAAGAUCUGCUACUUCACAGAAAUCUAGCACAUAAAAGCAAAAACAUUUGAUAUGGAUAUUCAUUUACAGAACUUUUUCAGAGUAAGAGAAAUUUUUUCUAUUUGCUUUUGUUGAACCUGUACAAUUAUCAAAAUGUGUGUUGUUUGUGUAUAAAGUUAAAAGUUAAACUAUACAGUUUACAGGUAGAAUCUAAAGCAUCAAGUGCAACUAGUUGCAGAUGAGAGAGGAGAACGCAGAGAGAGCAGACUGAAAAAUCUCAGAGGUUAUUAUUGCAUAAAAAGGUUUUUCAGAUAAAUGCUCCAAAAAUUUUAUUUAUACACAUUAAUUUGCUGUUGUUGGGGCUUUCUUAGUUUUCAUUCUAUGUAAUUCUCUCACUGUAUCUAUCUACCAACUAUAUAUUUUUUUUUUAUUGGAGGUAAGAAAAAAGUUUGAUAGAUGCUGAGGAGGAGUUGAAGCACUUUUGUGUCCUUCGACCUCCCAAACCCUCACUUGAAGGCUCAGUAAGAGCAGCAGGGCCGACUGCUAAGAGCUUAAAUGACUGCCAGAGUGCAAUGAUGAACUAGAGCUUUUGUAAGCUAUAGGAGAAGAGGAGCAGAGAGGUAUAGAGGUUUAGGGUCAGCCAUGUUAGCGAGCCUAUUUGCAGUCAGAGCAGUCAGAAAAGAGACGGGUAUAAAUGUUUCCAGAGAGGCGCAGUGCAGAAGAGACAGACGUAAUGAUGAAAGAAGUGGUUUCAGCUUCUUGUCGUCUCCUCCAUUACUUUGUCAGCCACUGCAGCAUCUUGGGUAAUUGCUUUUUUUCUGUUGUCUUCAACAAGAUAAGGGCUGACAGCGAAACAAGGCCAAAACUGCCGUUUAUCCACUGACGCAUCUGGAGAAGGAGAGGCGCUUUGUCAUUAGUGUAAAUCAGCCUGUGUCACGCUGAGGUGGGACUGGAACUGGCUGCCUUCAGGCUGGUCCGAGACACUCUGCAACACUGUAAGAAACGACCUCAUGUGAUAGAAGGAAUCAGGAAAGUGCAGCGUUAGGUUUGAAAUGACAGUCAGAUCGGGCAAAAUCUGUAGGAUGGUAUCAAUUUAUAUACGGAGAAACGUUGAACUCAUCACUGAUAUCUUUUAAUCAGUUCCUGAAACUGGAUGGAUGGAUGGAUGGAUGGAUGGAUGGAUGGAUGGAUGGAUGGAUGGAUGGAUGGAUGGAUUGAUUUACCAUGUACUCUCAAUGUAAUCUAUUGUUGUUACAUAUUGUUGCCAUUAGGUCCAGCAAGUCAAAACAAAAUUCAGAAAUAUGUUAAAUAUGAUCCAUUUGGUAAAAAUUUCAACUCUCACAUUGUUCAUGAAAGUAAAGAUGGAUUUCGUUUUUUAAAUAAACAGACAAGAACUCUGA